UUACGCACAGUUAUAAAGAUGAAUAACAAUGAAGGUGAUGAAUAUCUAAGGUUGCUCAAAACUCCAAAAUCUCACGAGAUUUGACCCGCCUCAAUAAUUACUCUUGGUAAAAGGAUUCAAACAAUUAGGAAGCCUCAAGACUUAUCCAUGGCAACAAGUCGCUUCGUUAGUACUUUUCAAUUACACGAAGCCUAGCAAAAUUCGCUGCGUAGGCUUUUAUAUCUUCCCCCAUGGAAACAUUUAUUCAGUUUCGUUCGUGGCAUUGAGUCGGAAAGAUGGUGGAUGGAUCACGAAUUGCCUUCAAUUGAGAAGUGUGCACCUUCCAUCGAUAUCAAUUUCAUCCAUAACCAGUUCAGAGUUGGCUUUGUGGUUCAAUUCACUAGUACAAAUCCCUUUCUUUGCCUUCCUUCAAGUCUUUGAAUUGCAUAUACGUAUAACGAGUGCAAUCCCAGGCCAAAUCGGGCAAUUCUCAAAGCAUAAUUGCAGUCUUCCAUUCGAAGCAAAUAACUUUGGCAGAGCCUUUCACCAGUCAAGAUGGUUUUGCAGAACAGAUCCUCGUGGCGAUUUCCUAGUGCAAGUGACCUGUUGGAGCUGAAGAAUUGAUCAAUCAUCCGUGACUGAGAGGACCGUUGGAGGCAUGGUUGGCUCUCCAUAGGACUUAUCAAGCGUCAUCUUUGGCAUAACAAUUCGAAUAUGCCGUCACUUUUUCUCUGAUCUCGCUCGCACUCAGACCUCGGUGUAUUAGUUUCUUCAUCUCGGAGAGGAGCUUGGCCCGAAACUUUUUCAAACAUGAACAUUCAGAUCCUGAUAUCGAGCCUUAUCAAGUUGAUUGGUUUCAAACUUGUGCUAGGGAAAACCAAUCCCCCGAUGUUUCCCAUUUCUGAGAGUGCACUCUUUGAAUCGAGAAUUCAGAAAUGUUGCAAGCCUGACGAAGUUCUGACCUCCAAUGGUCAUGGAUGUUCGCAGUACAUGGGGAUUCAAGAUCUUGUUUCCUACCCAUUUGACACAACUAUUGAGCAACUCGAUAAGAUCCCGACCAAGUUUCAUAUCAACAGUAGAUCUGGACCCCCGACUUGUUCCAAGAAUGAGGAGCAAACUAUGCUUCUCCAUUCCGAAGAUUCGGUGGCAUUCCUCAUCGAUCGGUCAACGGAGAACUCGGUCUUGUUCCAUGUUGAGAGUGCCACAUUUCACGAGAAAUUCUGUGUUGAGCGGAUGGUUAAUGAAGAGCAAGACAUUCUUGGCAUUGCCGCCAUUCUGUGCCAAAAACUACCCACUUACGAGUGUCGAGUGCGCCCUUGUGUCCGAAAAUGCUGUCAUUUCGGACAGACCUACAAUUACGAAAAUGACCAAUGUCAAGAGACGGAUGGCCCACGUGUGGGGAAAAAAAUGGCUCAAUCUUGGGAACCGACUCUGAUGGACAACAAGAAGGAGCCCAUAUCAGGGCCCAGUCACGAUAUCAAGUACUUCUUUGGCAACCCCACAUGUCACCCAAAUGACUUACACAUUUAUGACUCUCGGAGUGAGGAUUUCCACUUCUACGAGACGGGUGAAUUGGUUCUGAAAGGCGAACGACACAACUAUUCCCGAUAUUGUGUGAUCAACGUGACAGAUCUGGACAAUCCGGACCGACAGACGUUCGAAAGUGUCAAAGUCUGUAUGUCCACGAGACUAAGAUUCAUUGCAUCCGAGGUCGAACUGGUCGUCAUGGACAUCUUGCCCAUUUUAUUCGUGAUAUCCCUGGUCUUCUUAGCCAUCACCUUCAUCCUGGUCUUCAAACGUCGAAGGGACAAACUUUUCGGAAUCAUGACCCUCUGUAUGAUAUCAAUGCUUUUCCUUUUGUAUUCUUUCCUUGUCAUCCCACACUUCACUGGGCCCAGCCACAUCACAGAAUAUCCAAUAGCCUGCCAAAUCGAGGGCAUAGCCAUUCAAUUUUGCUACCUUUCUGCACUCUUUUGGCUGAACUGCAUGUGUUUCAUGAUCUGGAAAAACUUUCGUCGAAUUCGUCGGAGCACUGAAAAUGAGCCCAAGGGUAUUCGAAAUCCCAUGUUCUACAAGUACGCUCUUUGGGCUUGGGGCGGUCCGGCCGUCAUCUCGGUCACCACACUUUUCAUUCAUCUUUUGCCCGAUUGGGUGGGGACUUACAUCAUAAAGCCCGAUUUAGGCGUAACUCGAUGCUUUUUAGGCGAUCAAGGCAUGUUCCUGUACUUCCACAUUGUGACUGCGCCCUGUCUAAUCUUCAAUUUAUUAGGCUUCAUAUGCACCUCGUGGAACUUGUGCUAUGGCGUGUGGUCUCAACGUCAAGGUGACCCAUUGGUUCGAGCCCAGCAACAAUACCGUAUGCUCACCGUAACCAAGAUGUUCUUUGCUCUGGGAAUCAGCUGGCUCUCUGAGGUCAUCUCUUGGACGCUGUUGACGCUGUUUGGCCGAGACCUAUGGGUCAUCACAACCAGUUUCCUCUUCGAUGUGAUCAACGCUCUUCAAGGGGUGAUCCUGUUCGUGGUGCUCUUCUUCGAUGCAGGGACCGUCUCCAGAAUGAGGACCUCCAUUAGGCGGACCUUAUCUGCAACUGAUGAGCCUAUACUUCAAGCUAAUUAUAGGGUGAGGCAGGGCAGUAAGGUGAGCCUCACGAACGUGACCACGGAGACCAGGAUCCAGGGACCCAUGGAGGCCAAGAAUGGCACUCGAGAAUCCGUCAAGACCAUCGUUUCCACCCUGUCGUAUCCACUGAGAAAGAGCUAUACGUAUGAAGUUACUACAGUGACCACAACAGUGGCUAAAGUGGAGUUGGAACAUGAAUAAAUGGACCAUGAAAGGCAACUUAUAUUACCAUUUUUUGCCAACUACCUUAAACCUCGGAUGUAACGGAUGAAACAUGUGUUCAGUGUCUGCGUAGGAAGAAAAGGCACUUGAAAAGGGACUCUUUUGUUGUCCCGUUACCCAAUUUGAGUAGGUUGCUUUUUUUAGCCUUGUAAAUUUCAAUGAUCUUGGUGGCCGAUAACGAGGUUGGUCUUUUAUCAUGUGUUGAGUUGCGUGGAGUUUUUCAGUUAAGCGAUUGUAAUUUGAUGUCAUCGAAAUAUUACUUCAUUUCAAUCACCAUUCUACCAAUCCAAUGUUGAGACACUUUCAAUUAAAAACAAAAAUGGUAAAAAAUAUAGUUAGAUCAUAUACGUUCCUUUCA